AUGUCAGGCAACAGAUGGCCUCCUCCUCGCAUAAACAUACAUCAUCAACCUUCGUUCCUUAACAGCCACGCCAGCAGAUUUACAAAUGAUGAUCCAGCGCAAGAGUAUCACCAAGGAAACAUAGGGUAUACCCAGCUGUAUGAACCUCAAUAUCUAUCGAAUGAAUAUGGUGACACAUCCUAUAUUCAGCAACCGGAGGAGGGACUCAACUUUGAAACUUCAAAUUUCGACCAACUACGUAUUCAUGAUGACUACGAUGAUCAAGGACUACACGCACAGAACUAUGAUAUAGGCCAAGCGACAACAGAACUCCAAGCUCGGGUGGAGAGACUCGAGGCUGAAAACCAAAGCCAGAAAAACCUCCUUCAGGAUCUCAUGCAGGAGAGAUUGGCAGGGCUAGAUCACUUCCAGCCCAUAAGCGAUGCCGACCUUGGCGGAGAAUUGAUGAAACUGCAAGCACAAAUCACCGACUUUUCAAGAUUUUUGCGGGAUUGUGUCGGGUCCAACUUCGAGACAGAGACAUCCGAGUACGGGAAGCUUGCUCUUACAUUGUCUCAGUUAUCACGGUCCGGAAUUAGGAAAAUAGGGAUGAAAAACGUACUCGAGAGUAUUGUAUGGAAACAACUCUGGAAAGAGCUAUUCUUGCAUCCAUUUCAGUCGCUUGGAAAGGAUGGACAGCAAAUUCUCGACACAUGGGGGAUAAUUUUCGGAAGAGCUCCAGUUAUCCCAAGUCCCACGGAAAUGUCCGAAAAAUGGAGAAGUAUUACCACCCACCAGCUGUGCACUCAGAUGGCGGAAGACGAUUUUGGGAUGAAAAAGGAACAUCGGAUACGAGAUGGGGACCCGAAUACUCUGGACAACUAUCUGCAGAGGAUAGUGGAAAAGGGGUGGGAAGUGGCAACGUUAUUUGCGCGACAGCGGUGCCGAAGUGGUAGAGGAGGUGACAAAUCGCCCGGUCGAGAGUAG